AUGGCAGAGACACUCAUAGCCCUGGGCAAGGAAGUCAUCAUCGCAGGGCGAACUGAGUCCUCGCUGAAGAAAGCCGCUGGUGAAAUCGGUGCAAAGGCGUACUACGUCCUCGACGUAAGCGACAUCUCCAAAAUAUCCGGCUUCGUCAAAGAGGUGACUUCGAAGCAUCCGGAGCUGGAUUGCGUAAUCAACAACGCCGGCGUGCAGCGUCCAUUCCAGAUCCUCGGACCUGACUACGACUUCGACCUCGACAAGGCAGACCAAGAAAUCAAUACCAACAUCCGAGGGCCGAUGCAUCUCAGUGUAUUGUUGGUGCCACACUUCAAUAGCAAGCCCAAUGGCGGUGUCAUCAUGAACGUGUCCUCCGUGCUCGGCUACAAUCCCUUCAGUCUUGUCAAUCCCGUCUACAAUGGCACAAAGGCUUGGGUGCACUUCUUCACAAUGAACCUUCGUUCUCAACUCCGCAAUGCCGGAAGCAAAAUCAAGGUCGUCGAGAUCGUCCCUCCGACUGUAUCAACGGCCCUGCAUCGCGAGAGAAAGGAUCCUUUGGACAACACCAAGGAGCAUGGAAGUGCUUCGGCAUUGAGCGUCGAGGAGUUCAUGGCGGAGAUCAAGGUUGGGUGGGAGAAAGAUCACGAUACCUGUCCGGCUGGUUUGGGCCAUGAAUUGGUGGGAAAAUGGUAUGCGGCGUUCAAUGAAUCCUACACAAAGGCUGGCGGAUAG